UACAUCAGACGGCAUUUUGACAAAAAAAGAAAAAAAAAGUAAAGCUUUAUUGGACAUUUAAACAAUAUACCCCAAAAGUUUAAAAGUUCCUAGAUACACAAGGAGUAACCAUGAGACUAGUGUUAAGUCUGCUAUUGGCUUUAGUUGGACUCGUAUUAGCCAAAAAUACAUACAUUGCAACUGUACCAAAACAGGUUAGAGCUGGAUCAUCGGCUAGAAUUUGUUUAUCAGCUUUAAAAAGAGGCGAUAGACAAGUAACAAUCUUCGUAACAAUACUAGACAAACAAAACGGAACAAUAGCUACAGCCCAGGCACAACGCAAUUUACGUCGAGGAUAUGGAGUUGUUAAUAUAAGAGUACCAGGAAAGACCCCCGCAGGAUAUGAUUAUAAGAUAAGAGUGAGCGUUAUCGGAGAUAUUACAUUUGACAAAACUGCUGUAAGAAUCCAAGUUACAAGCAAAGCGUCAUCCAUUUUUAUCCAGACUGACAAAGCCGUUUACAAACCAGGAGAUAUAGUUCAGUUUAGAGUGGUUGGUACUAAUUCAAGAUUGAAAGUUCUCAGAGAUCCUUUGACAAUUUAUAUACAGGAUCCCAAAAAUAAUAGAUUAAAACAAUUUCUGAAUGUUCGCCCAGUGUUUGGUGUAUUUGCCGGGACAUUCCAGUUAUCUACCUUGACAAAUCUGGGACGCUGGACAAUCAGAGUGGAGCAAAAGAGAGAAAACAACCUUAAAGGGUUUGAUGUUGAACGGGUUGUUCUACCUAAAUUUGAAGUGAACGUUGUAUUGCCUCCAUUUGAACUGAAAACAGACAGAUUUUUCACAGUAACUAUCAAUGCACUGUACACCUUUGGGAAGCCAGUACAAGGUGAUGCAGAAUUGACUAUAAAACGUCGAUGGACAAGAAAUACUAAAGAUCAGAUUGUAAAGAAAUUCAAGAUAAAUGGAAAAGCUACAAUUCGAGUUUUGAUGAGUGAAAUUGUACCAAAACUAGGAACUUACAUAGAGGUUAUUGCUAAAGUAACAGAAGCAAUUACAGGCAUCUCAGCAAAUGAUACGGGAAAUGUUAGAAUUUAUGACACACCAGAAAAACUUGCAUUUUCCUCUAGUAUGUCAAGCGUAUUCAAACCUGGAUUGGACUAUACAAUAAUAUUGAGAGCUACACAGCGAGAUGAUAGUCCCUUGAACCCACCAUUGGGCUUUGUAAACAUUACGGUAACGUAUACAGUGCCUGGUGAAAAGAAACCACAAAUUGGGCCACCAAGCUUACCUCCACCUGGCGGUAAUCAGAUUAUGCCUUUUCGGCCAUUUCCACAACCAGUCAACAGAGACACAAAAGUACUCUUGUCACGUUUGAAACAGAUCCCUGAAUCAGGAAUAAUCAAUCUCUCAGCUAGAUUCCCUAAAGCAGCACAGUCUGGUAGAAUAGAGGCUUUUUAUCGCAAAUCGAGAGCAUCCAAAUUUUUGUCCCGAGCAGAAUCCCCAAGCAGAAACUACAUACAAGUGGAAGUUAAAAAUAACAGAAAAGCUCAGCCUGGUCAAAGAUUAGCAUUAGUUAUAAAAGUUACAGAAAUGAUCCGCUUCUGCAAUUACAAAGUUUUUUCAAAAGGAUCACUUAUAACACAAGGACGAUUUAGAAUGAGAAAUAGAAAACAGCAAGACCAGAAUCUAAGAAUCACAUAUGCAAUGAUUCCCCAAGCAAAGUUACUGAUUUACUAUGUAAGACGACAAAACGGUGAAAUUGUAGCUGAUGCCAUUACAUUUCCUAUUGAGGACAUAUUUAAUAAUAAAGUGUCUAUUAACUUCAACUCAAGACGAGCUAAGCCAGGUGAUGAAGUUCAAGUUGAAUUGACUGCUGAUCCAAACUCAUUAGUCAAUGUUCUCGCAGUCGAUAAAAGUGUCCUUUUACUGAAAUCAGGAAAUGAUAUAACUACACAAAAUGUAUUGAAUGCACUUCAAGGAUAUGAUAACUCGGGAUUCCUUCCAAGAUUUGGUGGAUGGGAUUUUUGGUUGCCAAGACCAGUGUAUGGCAGGGAUGCAUUCUCGAUUUUUAAUGGAGCUGGCGUUUAUGUGUUGACAGAUGCUUUGCUUUAUCAGUAUAAUCCACCUCAAAGUCGGCUAGGAGUACCAGGAGCACCAGGGCAACCUAAUUUAAGUUUUGCAGCUUUCGGAGGCGGAAGCGGCGGAGGCGGACCCCUUGCUGUUCCAACACGAACACGAAAGAACUUUCCAGAAACGUGGUUAUGGGUAAACAGCACAACAGGUUCUGAUGGAACAGCAACAAUAAGAGCGACAGCUCCUGACACUAUAACAGAAUGGAUUGCAUCAGCUUUUGCUGUUAAUCCCAGAUCGGGUCUUGGAGUUGCUGCAAAUACUGCUAAUUUAACAACUUUCCAAAGGUUUUUCAUGCGUUUUGAACUUCCAUUUUCCGCCAUACGAGGUGAAAUUAUCAUAGUCCAAGUCACAGUUUUCAAUUACUUAAACCAAGAUCAACAGGUUUCUGUGAAACUUGCUAACAAUGUAAACUUUACCUUUGUUGAUGCAAACGGAAACGACUUCAAUCCAGGCUCAGACGGUUGGACAAAGUCUGUAUUUGUGAAGAAAAACAGUGUGGAUUCUGUGUAUUUUCCUCUUAAACCAACAGCUCUUGGUAAAAUACUUUUGGACGGAACUGCAAGAUCUACUAUUGGUGCCGAUGCUGUUCAGCGUGAAUUCCUGAUAGAGGCAGAAGGUAUAAAACAAAACUACAACGUUCCAUUACUUAUUGACCUCCGACAAGGAGGAGGGUUUACAGAGACCAUUCCUUUGUCUUUCCCGGCAAAUCUUGUUGAAGAUUCAGAAUUUAUCAAAAUUCAAGUGAUUGGCGACCUGUUAGGAGCAACACUAGCGGGACUGGAGGAUCUUCUUCAGAUUUCAUACGGUUGUGGAGAACAGAAUAUGAUUAGAUUUGCUCCAAACGUUUACGUCAGCACCUACCUGAGAACAACAAACAGACUUACAAAUGAUGUACUCAAUAGAGUGAAAAACAUUUUAGAGGGAGGUUACCAGAGAGAACUUUCAUAUGUUCAUAACGAUGGAUCUUUCAGCGCCUUCGGAAAUAAUGAUAAAAGUGGAGCUACGUGGUUGACUGCUUUUGUGAUCAAAUCAUUUUCACAAGCUGUAAGUUUUACCUAUAUUGACAUCAAUGUCAUAUCAAAGGCUGUUCAAUGGAUUAUAAAGCAACAAGAAACAUCCGGGGCUUUUAAUGAACCAGGAAUUGUUCUCCAUAAGGAAAUGCAGGGAGGAUCUGUGUCUAGUAAAAGGAGUCUGACAGCAUUUGUACUCAUUGCACUUCUUGAAGCACGAGAUAAUAAACAAGUGUCCACAGAGGUGCAGGUGAUUCUAACCAAAGCUAUAAAGAAUGCAGUAGAGUUUGUAGCAAAUGGUGCACCUGCGUCAAUUGCUAAUGUAUAUGAACUUGCUAUAUCAUUCUAUGCAUUGUCGUUGGCAAAACAUCCGUUGGCAGGUGCAAUUUUGACUGAACUUGAGAAAAAGGCAAAAGUCAAUGGCGGUGAAAAAUACUGGACAUUACCUGAAACUGAAGCAGACAAAUUACAACCUUGGAAAUCCUGGAGACCACCACAAACUAAAGUCAGAGCUAUAGAUGUCGAAAUGACCUCUUAUAUCCUGUUAGGAUACAAUCUCAAAGACGAUACAGACAAUGGCAUUCGGAUAAUGAAAUGGUUAGGUAAACAGAGAAAUCCACGAGGAGGAUUCAUUUCUACACAGGACACAGUGAUAGCAAUUCAAGCUCUGUCAGGGUUGGGAGAAAAGAUUUACGUAUCAAAUUUUCAAAUGACUGUGAAAACUGUUGGUGACACAUGGCCUCAAGGAAAAACGUUCGACGUGAACAACAGGAAUGCUCUUGUAUUGCAAAUAGAAGAUAUUCCAAAUACAGUACGAAGUGUAUCGGUGAAUGCUAAUGGAAGAGGACUUUGCUUGAUGGAGGUAGCAGUUUAUUUUAAUGUCAAUGAAGACUUACGAGAGCCAGCAUUCGAUCUGACAACAACAGUACUCAAUGAUUCAACUAAAGGAUUCAGAUUAAGAGUUUGCUUCAGUUGGUUAAGGGGAGGACAAAGUACAAUGGGAAUGCUUGAAAUAUCUUUACCAUCUGGGAUGGAAGCUGACUUAGAGUCAAUCGAUACUACCAAUACUGGAGGACAAUACAAAAAAGUGGAGAAGGCUUUCCGUCAAAUUAAUUUAUAUUUUGAUGCGAUUCUGUCAGAGCAAAUGUGUAUUGAAGUAGACAUAAAAAGAGUUGCCCUGGUUGCUCGACAUAAACCGGUAUGGGUCAAAUUGAGGGAGUACUAUGAGCCAAGUAAUGAAGUAGUUAAGUUUUACCAAUCCAAAGCUCUUGCCAAUGCUACCAUCAUAGAAGUAUGUGGUCCCAACAAUUGUGAAGAAGUCAAGAGACGGUAAUGCUGAAAGGCGAGAAAAAGGAAAUGGUUACCAAACGAUCUAUAGAUAAAUAACUAUUUUUAUCAUAUACAAAUAAAGACUUGGUUUAA